AUGUUUACUAACCUUUUUUUUUCUUCAGACAACAUCAAUAAGGCCAAAUUGGAUGAACCAACAGCUUUAUCUUAUGCUACUAUUCUUAAGACCAAUAUCUUGGGUAAAGAUAAACAGGAGAAAGUCAAUUCUAUUGUUGUGUUGGCCAAACUUUUAGAUUGUAUUAUUGGCAGCGAUGCGAUAUCAGACGAUUUUAUCCAUAUCUUGGAUCAUACGUUAUUCCAGACUUUGUUUAGUAUUGUGAGUGCCAAUAUGUCUUCUGAGACAUACAAGGCUAUUUUGAAGAUCCUGGUUAUUGAUAUUUCUGGUACUAUUUUCCGCAACAAGGAGGACUGUAUUGAGAGAUACUUGCCGCUUUUUGAAAGUUUGAUUGAAUAUCUUGAUGUUAUUGAUAUUAUCACGGCUAAGUUGUUUCUCCAAGAUAACAAGAUUACAUUCAACUCUAUCAAGUUGGUUACUGAUUUGAUCAAUAAGAGUUUGAAGUUUGAUUACAGUGGGAUUAUUACCUUGGCUGGUAGAUUGAAACAUGUGACAUUUUUCAGUACUGUUGGAAACUUGUUGGAAACAGAUGAUAAAACCAUUUUAGAGGCUAUUGAAAACUUGAAAGUGGCAUAUUUUAAAUUGAACCAGUAUUUGGAAAGCACCACGUUUGACUUGUCGAUUAAGUCGCAUCAAACCAUGUUGAAUAAUUUGUUUAUUUAUUUGGAAACAUCGUUGAAUGAGUAUGGUACACCUGCCACCACUGAAGAAUAUGUUCGUGCUGGUUUCACAGAUAACCCGCGUCAGUAUGUUAUUGAAAACUUUACCAUCUUGUUGGCAAUGGACUUGAAGAUUUUCUUGAAAGAUCCUAAUUUCACAUUCAAAAAGAGAUUCCACGAGGAGUUGAUGAUGAGUGAUCAUACUAGAACUUUCCCGUUGUGCCAAUUUAUAUCAAAGUGUAAUGAUUUGUGGAUUGAUAUUUUCAACAAACAAGAAGAGUUCCCAAUGAUUUAUUCUUCUGUGUUGAGUUGGGAUUUGAUGGUUUAUUAUACUAUGAAUAACGGGUUGAUUUUGUGGCAAGAGACCAGGGCUCAGUUGGAAAACAAAGUUGACAUUGCCAAGAUUUUCCAAUUGUUGUAUUGUAACAUUGAAGAGAUUGAAAAGAGUGGUAAAAGAAUUGAUGAAGCGAUUGUUUCUGAAGGUGGUGCUAUUGGUGAUGUCAGACAUUUCCAAAUCACAAAGAUUGAAGAGUCGUUAAAGGAGAAAUGGGCUGGAAGAUUGUUUGAAUUUAACAAAGAGUUGGAUAAAGAAGUGCGUGAGUUUGUUAGAGAACAGCGUAUUUUGAAGUUGAUGGAAGGGUGUUUGGUGACACUCAGCAGCACUGGUGCUGGUAAUCAAUUUGUGAUCCGAUUAACGCCUAACCGUCAGUUUAUUGAAUGUGAAGAACACAAGAUUAAGGUACCAGUUGCUGAUAUUGAAGAUGUUAAAGUGGUUAAUGUUGGCAGUGCUUCUAGUGGUGAGAAAAAGAGUUUGAUUUCCAUCAACACCAAUCUCUACAAGAUCAAUCUCCUUGGUAAAGAAAAGGUACUUUUCAGUUGUUUUUCUGAUUCUGGGACAACGUUUGAUGGGUUGACCAUGAUGCUUGGUAAAGGUUCUGCUUCUCCAGAGACGUUGCGACAAAUUGAAACAUUGAUUGAGAUCAGAGCCAAGACGCAGUUGUUGGAUUUGAAUGAGAUUGAUGAUAGUGAUGACGAAGAAGAGAUAGACGAUGAAGAAGAGUUGUUGUAUGAUUUAUUAGAUGUUGUUAAAGAAGAUUUCUAUUAUAAAUAG